AUGUCAGUCAGUGAGCGUAGCUGGGUGCAUACCGCAGGAUGUACAUCCUCAAGGGAUCGCUUUCAUGCUAGGCACACCGAUACACAACAAGUUUACUGCCUUAAUGACAAAUCGUCUCAGGAGAUAUUGGCGAGAUGUGAGAAGGAGAGAAUUGAAAAAGGACUCUCGGACCAGGGCCAGAAAGGAAAAUGGGAACUGCAUUUCGUUCCAUCCAACUCUGAUGGCAAAACUCAAGCCUCAGAGGUGAUUAGGGAUGAUGAUCCGGUUCCAUGGAAGUUAGCCACAGCUGGAGCAAUCGCCAGUGCGAUCGUCUGCUGUGGCUUUCUCUGUUCAUCAGAAGAGGCGCGGAGUCAGUUGAUGCGAGAUAACAGAGAGCUCAGUCACUAUGCCUCCUACUGUUACGGAGAAGUGUCCAAAUACAAGCCCGCUGACCAAGAAACAUUGGCAAGUAUGUUGUCUGCCGAUAGAACUUUCUCGAUCAUGCCUACAAUGGAGUCUCAAGGUUCUGGUGCUGAAGCGGUUGCUCGAGCCACCGGUGUUCCGCGACCUGGGUCGUCAACAGCCUAA